AUGACGGAUUGGGCCCGCCUGAUCUCGGGCUUCAUCACCCCAUUUAGACUUUUUGAGUGGAAUCGGAUGCCGUUUGGGCUGAAGGAUGCGCCGCAGAUCUACCAGCGGAUGAUCGACAACGCCUUAUAUGGGUUCACUCGGAUCCCGAAAACGGCAGGUGAUUUGGAGCGUCUGGAUGUAUUCGAGGCCGGAGAACAUGAAGAUCCGGGAAAACGAUCGGUGUUAGGACGCAGAUCCUACAUCGACUACAUCUUAGUACCGGCGGAUAAUUGGGAUCAGCUAUGUGACCCAGUGGAAGAUCUUCUGGAGGCGUGCAACAAAUGGAACUUGUCCAUCAGUGUUGUCAAGAGUUUAUGGGUCAUGUCCAAGGUGGAAUAUCCCGGUCACAAGUUAGCGCACGAUGGACUGGAGGAGAAUCCGAAGGAUCUGUCGGCGUUGACGGAUCUCGAGUUUCCCGUAUCCCUGCGUGCUAUCCUGAACUACUAUAGUCGCUUCAUCGAGGAUUAUGCGAUCUACGCGUAUGUACUAUAUGAGUUGAGGGAGAUUGAGUAUGCCACGAUGGAGAGGGGCAUAUCGGAUACCAAGAAGGACAAUGUAGCAGAUCUGGAUCCCCGAUGGAUCCAUGCUCACAGAUCGUUCAAGGUGUUAAAGGAGAAGAUCGCGACGACGCCGAUCCUACGCCACUUCGAUCCGGAUCGGCAAGCUGUGGUGGUUGUAUAA